UCCAAUAGCCCCUCCAAUCACAUGACCAUGUCUUUUGAAUUCCUUCCACACGGCAGGAAGCACUCGGAGGUUGGUUUGUAUUUUUGGCGUUUCCAACAGGAAGGAAUAAAUCUCCUCGAUCCUAACACUCUCUCCACUCUCACCUUGGAGGAGUGUCGGUCGAUAUUUCGAGCCGACAACAGAGAUGUGGAAAUACCGCUGUUGGAGGCGCGUCUGCAGAUUAUGCAUGAGCAUGCAACAAUUCUGAUGAAUGACUUUGAUGGCUGCUUCACUACUUGCAUUAAAGUUUGUGCGUCUUCAGCUGUCAAAUUGCUUCAUUUGGUGUGCGAUAAAUUCCCCUCCUUUCGAGACAGAGCAAUUUACAAGGAGCGUCAUGGUAUGCUUAAUUUUGCAUUAUCAGAGCUACUUCGUGCGCAAAUCCUCAUUGCUGAUUUGUGGUUGGCCUUCAAGGGGAAAUCGUACGGUCACUUCUCAGACAUCGACGCUCUCACUGCUUUUGCUGAUUACAGAGUACCACAAGUGUUAGCCUACUUUGGAGUCCUCCAUUAUGACGACGAUCUGAUGCUCAAACUGAAAAAGCGUAGCAGUGGCUCUGUUUGGGAGGUGGAAAUUCGUGGAGUCUGCCUUCAAGCAGUUGAGAAAACACAAGAGUUGUUGUCGCGAGAAGGUGAUAGGCAAACGAUUUGUAACUCGGUGACUGCUGACAACUUUUUGUGGCUGUACCGUCGUCAAUUUGCCAAGGAGGUGGAGGCAGCUAUGCCCAUGCAUCGCACACGUUGUAUUUAUUAUUAA